UCUCUCUCGCAGUCUGGUGGAGCCGCACUCAAGGAUUAGAGGGUUGCUGUGAGUGUCUGCUCAGAAGAGAGAGAGAAGAAGAAGCCAGAUAAAAAUAAAAUAGAAAGAAAGAAAGAAAGAAAGAAAAUCUGCUGAAGGGAAAAAAGAAACACCUCUCCAUUGUGGAUAAAGUGAUCUGAUUUACCUUUCAUUUCAUUCCUGCCAGGCUAAAGUUGCUGAGGCUUCACCUGAUCAAACCGAAGGACCAUAACAGAUCCUGGACCUCCACACACGGAGCCAUGUGAGCAGCGACCCAUCCGCCCACUUCACACUCUCCAAGUCCAGCCACCCCAACCUCCUCAAGACCUGCACUCUGAGCCUGGGGAGCACAUCCAGGAUUUUUUCCCCCCCCUCCUGCCUGGGACCCUCCAUCCAGUGUCAGGGACUCUACGGGCUCGGGCGUACACCCCCCCUUCACAGCGGGAGACGCUCAUUUCAGUCGGGGGGGGAAGUGGUCGGGGUGUAAGUGCCCCCUGGUCUGGAGGCCAGCCAGCAGCUCUCCAGCACCAUGGAUUACCUGCUUGGGAUUGUAGUGCUGCUGUGUGGGGCAAUGCAGCUGGGGAGAGGAGCGGAGCCCAAGCACAAUGUACCCAGGCUAAAGCUGUCAUACAAGGAGAUGUUAGAGUCCAGUAACCUCGUCACCUUCAACGGCUUGGCCAACAGCUCAGGCUAUGACACUUUCCUCCUGGACGAGGAGCGGGGGAGACUACUGGUGGGAGCCGAGGACCACAUCUUCUCCUUUGACCUCGUCAACAUCAACAGAGACCACAAACAGAUUGCAUGGCCUGCCACCCCCUCCAAGAGGGAUGAAUGCAAGUGGGCAGGGAAAGACUAUGGGAAGGAGUGUUCUAACUUCGUUCGAGUCCUGCAGCCGUACAACCAGACUCACCUGUACAUCUGCGGCACGGGAGCCUUCCACCCCAUCUGUUCUUAUCUGGAAAUGGGCAAAAGAGCAGAGGACAACAUCUUCCGACUGGCUCCACAUUUCGAGAACGGGCGCGGGAAAAGCCCCUAUGACCCCAGGAUGCUCUCAGCCUCGCUCCUGAUCGAUGGAGAACUGUACUCUGGCACAUCUGCUGAUUUCAUGGGAAGGGACUUUGCAAUUUUCCGUACGCUGGGAGAUCAUCAUCCAAUCAGGACAGAGCAGCAUGAUUCAAGAUGGCUGAAUGACCCCAGGUUUGUCAGCGUUCACUUGAUCCCGGAGAGCGACAACCCCGAGGACGACAAGAUCUUCCUGUUCUUCAAAGAGAACGCCAUCGACGGAGAGCACACCGGGAAGGCGACCAUCGCCAGGAUAGGACAACUGUGUAAGAAUGAUAUGGGAGGCCACAGGAGUCUGGUCAACAAGUGGACCACUUUCCUCAAGGCCCGGUUAAUGUGUUCAGUCCCUGGUGUCAAUGGCAUCGAUACACACUUUGACGAACUGCAGGACGUGUUUCUCAUGAGUUCCAAGGACCCGAAGAACCCCGUCAUCUACGCCGUGUUCACCACAUCCAGUAACAUAUUUAAAGGCUCGGCAGUGUGUAUGUACAACAUGGCGGACGUCAGGAGGGUUUUCCUGGGUCCUUACGCGCACAGGGACGGACCCAACUACCAGUGGGUGCCUUUCCAGGGCCGAGUGCCCUACCCUCGUCCAGGAACUUGUCCCAGUAAGACGUUUGGAGGUUUCGACUCCACGAAGGACCUCCCCGAUGACGUCAUCACUUUCGCCCGGGGUCACCCGGCCAUGUACAACCCGGUGCACCCGAUCGGGGGGCGUCCCAUCAUGGUGAGGACGGACGUGGACUACCAGUUCUCCCAGCUCGUGGUGGACAGAGUGGAGGCGGAGGACGGACAGUACGAUGUCAUGUUUAUCGGCACAGAUGUGGGAACCGUGCUGAAAGUGGUGACGAUCCCCAGAGAGAGCUGGCACGACCUGGAGGAGGUGGUGCUGGAGGAGAUGACCGUCUUCAGGGAGCCAACUCCCAUUACUGCCAUGGAGCUGUCCACCAAGCAGCAACAGCUGUACCUUGGCUCGUCCCUGGGCGUCUCGCAGAUGUCUUUGCACCGUUGCGAGGUCUAUGGGAAAGCGUGCGCCGAGUGCUGUUUGGCCAGAGACCCGUACUGUGCCUGGGACGGCACCGAGUGUUCGAGAUACUUUCCGACCGCCAAGAGGCGCACGAGGCGACAGGACAUCAGAAACGGAGACCCUCUCUCUCAGUGCUCGGACCUGCAGCAUCACGACGACGUGGACGGCGCCGGGGGCAGCGUGGAGGACAGGAGUGUGUUCGGCGUGGAGAACAGCAGCAUGUUCCUCGAGUGCAGCCCCAAGUCUCAGAGAGCGCUCAUCUACUGGCAGCUGCAGAAGCUCAACGACGAUCGCAAGCACGAGAUCAAGCUCGACGAGCGAAUGCUUCGCACAGACCAGGGUUUGCUCAUUCGCAGCCUGACACAGUCGGACACCGGUAUCUACCACUGUCAGGCGGUCGAACACGGCUUCAUUCAGCCCCUGCAGCGCCUCAACCUUCAGGUCAUCCCUGCCCAGAGACUGGGCGACAUCCUUCCAGGACUCCCCGGCGUGGGUGGCGGUGGCGGUGGCGGUGGCGGUGGCGGCGGUGGAGGCGUAGAUCAGACUGCCAAGCACAGGCCGUGGUACAGAGAUUUCCUCUCUCUCCUGGAUCACCCCGACCUAAACAGCGUCGAAGAGUUCUGUGAUCGAGUUUGGAAGAAGGAGCGCAAACAGAAGAAGGCGAAGACGCCCGCAGCCAGUGAUCAGGGGAAAUCUGACAACAAAGGUGGCUCCAGCUCUCCGUUGGGGCCUAAAGCGUUUGGUCCUAAUGCGCAGAAGCAGCAGUCCGGGCCACCACAGAGCAGGCAAUGGCUUCAGGCCGGCGCUCCAACUGUGGAGGGGCCGGCACGGGGCCAGAAUUCCCAGAAAGGUCAGACAAAUCCGGGGACAGCCAGGAACAACCAGAAGUCGCAGAACAGCCAGAAGGGCCAGGGAAGCCAGGCUGGCUCUCAAGCGGCGGGGGCAUCGCGGGCGAGCAGCCAGCACGCGGCCAAGUGGCGGCGGAUGCAGGAAAACAAGAAGGGACGCAACAGGAGAACCCACGAGCUCCAGAGACCACCGCGCAGUGUUUGAACGAGGCGCGCCGGUGAAAGAAGAAGCACACGACAUGCAAACUGAGAUCGACCAACAACACGAGCACAAACCCAUGCAUCCACACAUACCGUACCCACACGAGCACAUUCUGUCGACUGUGUGUGUGUGUGUGCGUGAUUCAGUGACCUCUCCAUAACAACCGCGGCAAGAAACAGUCACACUUUGUAAACGGCAGCAGAGCUCUCAUUCAAAAUAACAGCACAUAACCUUGGACGCGGACAGAGACGAAGAGAGGACGGAGGAACUGGAAGGCGUACUGUAAAUGUGUGAGCAUGCGGUCGGUUGGUUGCCUGGGAUACCGUCUGGCAGACACUUCAACCUCCUGUACAUAAGCGACUAAAAUAGGACUGGGACAAAAAAAAAAAAAAACAAAAGAAAACGUUGACUGAGGUGUUUGUCGGUGAGCAGAUGGACCUAAAUACGCUGAGAGGACAGUUGUGGGGACAUUUAUAGAUGCACACGGGGACGUUCGCGGAGGCGGCGGAGACGACGCCGUCGGUGACCUGAGCAUGUGAACUUGCAAGUUAGCGUUUCAACGGAAAUAGAUAAACAGAACUCUUUUAUUUUUUGGGGGCGAAGACAAAAAGGAAACCUUUCCGUCGAAGUCUGUGUGGCCAACAGGAAUCAUUCGAAUAUAAACAUGCAAAAAAACAAACAAACACUGCAAGCGUGGAGAAAAGUGCUUCGUCACAACCCUCUUCCAUCCGAGGCUGGGAAAGCAUUGUGCAUGUUGUUGUCAAUCAAUGUUUUAAUAAGCUAGUUAUUUUAUGGAGUUCAAGGGGCUUUUUUUUUUUUUUUCCUUUUAUAUUUUCUUUCCUUUCCAAACCAGUGGUUCUAUUUCUUUUUUUUCCUUUUUUUUUUGGCAGAAAUGACAAAGCAACACAGUAGUCUCAUUGUGCAUUAUCCCCCUCUGCCGGAUUCUGUGUGAGGGAUUAUGUCGUUGCUUUUUCUAGGGAUUUAUUUCGAAUUUUCCGGCAUAAAAAAAAAAGAAGAAAAAAGGGUCUGGAAAUAGACGGCCACUUGUUUUCUUUGUGUACAUAUAUACAACAAAAUUUAAACUCUCUGUGUAUAUACAGUACAUAUACAGUACAAGAAACACCACUUUUAUUAUUUAUUGCUCAUUGUUUUGUGAAAGGGUUGCAUUUAUUUUUGAUAUUAUGGUCAUUUUCGGGCUCAUCGAUACAUCGGAGAAUCUACGGCAACGGCGACUUACACGGAAUCUUUGAUGGACCAAGUGACUGAGAUAGUAACGAGGAGUCCCUUUUUGGGGAUUUUUUUUUUUUUAAAGUGAAUUAAGUAAUAAGCACAAUUUUUGUCUCUCUUUUUUUUUUUUUUUCGUUGUAUUUACGUCCUCGCUUUCUCCCCCAAAACCCAACCAACGACGUGUGUUUUCACUCAUCGAGCAGCCAUCAUUAUGUGUAAGAUAAUUCCCCCCGAAAGACUGAGAAAACUUAGCUGUGAAAUCUCUGUAAGAAAUAGUGGAGAAAAAUGUAGUCGGAGGAGGAGGAGACACGUUAUUACUGCAUGUGAAUGCUACCUUACAGUAAGUGCAUCUUUUAAAAAAAAAACAACAAAAAAAAAUCGUCUCGUUUUCGUGUGAGAGGUCAAGCAACUUUUUUAACACCACAGUGAUAUCUGCAAAUUUCACGAUACCGUGGCCAAAGCUCCUCAAUCUCCGAUUCAACGACAGUUAAACCCCCCCCACCACCUCCGCCUGUCUUCCUUGUCCCCCUUUAAACACAUGACAAGAGUGAAGUGUCGAUGCAAUAAAAUCCACGGCAGUUUUUCAGUUUUUUCUUGUACCAACACACAAAAAAAAGCUCUGGUGUGUCAAUAAUUCAACUUCUCUCCCUCCGAGUUAGAAGAGCUCCGAGAGCUGAACGUUACCACUGCUGUAACACACAGUUCUUUCUGGCAUGCAUUCAGUUGUCUAAAUAAACAUCUCCGUUACAAAAAGAAAA